AUGGCUUCCGACUCCUCUCCGGCGAACGUUCACGGUGCACCAUUGUCGCCUGAUAGUUUGGCUUCGAGUCCAAUAGGCAAUACAUUUUCCUCUCCCGGAGAUUCUAGGCGCCAGAAACGUGGCCGGCGAUCUUCUUAUGCUACACCCCCGCCGCCACCGUUGGAUUCCCGGUUCGCCACCCCUGAUGCUACUCCGACCACUUCAAACACAAAUUCCCGCCGGGGUCGGGGCCGAGGUAGAAGAUCCUCCACCACUCCCACAGCUGCAGCCACACCUUCGUCCACGGACGAUGCUCCACCUUCCUCUGAUGCUGGUGAUGGAGAUGAUAUAGAUGAGGCCCCGCCAAUGUAUGUAUGGGGCACUAACAUCAGCGUUCAAGACGUGAAUGCGGCUAUUUUGAGGUUUUUGAGGCAUUUCCGUGAAAAUCCGCAGCAGAUAGAAGGGAAAUACAUGCAGGCUAUUAAUCAUGCGAUUGAAAUCGAAGGCGAGUCACUUGAUGUUGAUGCGCAGGAUGUUUACGAUUAUGACAGCGAUCUUUAUACCAAAAUGGUUAGGUACCCACUCGAGGUUUUAGCCAUUUUUGAUAUUGUCUUGAUGGAUAUGGUCAGUAGAAUCAAUCCACUAUUCGAGAAGCAUAUACAAGCUAGGAUUUUCAACCUCAGGAGCUCAAUUUCACUGAGAAAUCUCAACCCAUCUGAUAUUGAGAAGAUGGUGUCUAUAAAAGGGAUGAUUAUCCGGUGCAGUUCGAUUAUUCCUGAGAUCAGGGAAGCUGUAUUUAGAUGUCUUGUGUGUGGUUACUACUCUGACCCAAUUGUCGUUGAUAGAGGAAGAAUCAAUGAGCCCACAAUUUGUGGAAAACAAGAAUGUCUUGCGAAAAACUCUAUGACCCUGGUUCACAAUAGGUGCAGGUUUGCUGAUAAACAAAUUGUUAGACUUCAAGAAACACCAAAUGAGAUCCCCGAAGGAGGGACACCUCAUACAGUAAGUUUGUUGAUGCACGAUAAGCUAGUGGAUGCUGGCAAGCCAGGUGACAGAGUUGAGGUUACUGGAAUUUACCGGGCUAUGAGUGUCAGAAUUGGGCAAACACAGAGGACUGUGAAGUCAAUAUUCAAGACUUACAUUGACUGUCUUCAUUUAAAGAAGACUGACAAAUCAAGAAUGGAUGUGGAAGACCCAAUGGAAACUGAAGAUGGAGCAAGUAGAAAUGAUAAUGACUCUUCUGUUGACUAUGAAGACAAGGUAGAGCUGUUAAAGGAGCUAUCUAAACAACCUGAUAUAUACACAAGGUUGACUAGGUCUUUGGCACCAAACAUAUGGGAGUUGGAUGAUGUAAAGAAAGGCCUUCUAUGCCAGCUUUUUGGUGGAAAUGCGUUGAAGUUGCCUUCUGGGGCUAGCUUCCGUGGAGAUAUCAACAUUCUUCUUGUCGGUGAUCCUGGAACGAGCAAAUCUCAGCUGCUCCAAUACAUACACAAACUGUCUCCUCGUGGUAUCUACACCAGCGGCCGAGGAAGCUCUGCUGUUGGAUUGACUGCUUAUGUUGCCAAAGAUCCUGAGACUGGAGAAACUGUUCUGGAAAGUGGAGCCUUGGUUCUGAGUGACAGAGGGAUCUGCUGUAUUGACGAAUUUGACAAAAUGUCAGAUAAUGCGAGGAGCAUGUUACAUGAGGUAAUGGAGCAACAAACUGUUUCAAUUGCGAAGGCAGGGAUCAUUGCUUCCCUUAAUGCUCGAACUUCAGUAUUGGCUUGUGCAAAUCCAAUUGGAUCACGAUACAAUCCUCGGUUGUCAGUGAUUGACAAUAUACACCUUCCUCCUACUCUGUUGUCCAGGUUUGAUUUGAUUUAUUUAAUUCUUGACAAGGCUGAUGAGCAGACAGACAGGCGCCUUGCAAAGCAUGUUGUGGCAUUACACUUUGACAAUCCCGAGAAUUCAGACCAUGAUGUUAUAGACCUUCCAAUUUUAACUGCAUAUGUGAGCUAUGCUCGAAAACAUAUACAUCCAAAGUUGUCAGAUGAAGCUGCAGAAGAGUUGACAAGAGGCUAUGUGGAGAUGAGAAGAAGAGGAAAUUUCCCUGGAAGCAGCAAAAAGGUGAUAACAGCAACACCAAGGCAAAUUGAAAGUUUGAUCCGCAUCAGUGAGGCGUUGGCCCGGAUUCGUUUCUCAGAAUGGGUUGAAAAACCAGAUGUCCUGGAGGCUUUUAGGCUUCUCGAAGUUGCACUGCAGCAGUCUGCUACAGACCACUCAACCGGAACUAUUGAUAUGGAUCUCAUUACAACUGGGGUUUCUGCAAGUGAGAGGAUGAGAAGGGAGAAUUUGGUAUCAACUACACGCAAUGUAAUUAUGGAGAAGAUGCAACUUGGAGGGCCCUCGACUCGCUUGUUGGAGUUACUGGAAGAGUUGAAGAAGCAAAGUGCAGGGGCUGAAGUUCACCUUAAUGAUCUUCGAAAUGCCCUUGCUACUCUUGCAAGUGAAGGACUUGUCGCUUUUCAUGGGGAUAGUGUAAAGAGAAUAUGA